UUUUGACGACUUUAUUGUGCCGAAUUUCAAAGUCGAGUACGUUGGUGUGUAGUGUAUCUCCUCGCUUUUUCGCUGAGUUGAGAUCCUAAAUAUCCAAAUUCUUCUUUGCUGUUCGGAACAAUACUUUGUUAUUGUGCUGCGGUGUCGGUUGUGCAAUAAUAAAUAACCAUGAGACUUAAAAGUGUUGUGUUGGUGGGUGCAAUGCAACAAAUGAAACACAUCGACUUUUUGCAUUUCCUAAGAAGGAUUUCCUUAGAAAUUUGUGGAUGUCUUUCCUUGUGCCUACGAAUCCUCUUCUUCUCGGUCUAUCAAAAGAGCAACUGCUCAGGAAACGUGUGUGUGAAAAACAUUUCGACAAGCAGCAGUUUGACGCAGAAGGCAAAAGACUUCGGUUUUCUUACCCUUGCCUAUUUAGGGAUGAUGAAAUAGCACACGGUGAACCUCUUGCAGCACUUGGAACUGUGCCACAUGCUCUGAGUGACCACAAUUAUUUUAAAGACCAAGAUGAUGAGGACAACACAAUUGAACAAACACUUGUCAUAGGAAGGCCAGGCGAAGACUUCCAUGAGCAUCCAUCAUGCUCAUAUUCUCAAGUCGAGCCCUCCAUCCUGCAGAAUAAAGGUAUGUCAGAAUAAUACCACAUAUUUUAGAAAUUUUACA